AUGGCCGGUAUCGCGGAUGCCGGCAUCGUGCAGCGGGCGGCCAUCCCGGGCGUGUGCCUUCUCAUCAGCUUCCUGGGCUACUACUCGCAAUACAUCUUUGCUGACGACUUCCUCGAGCCGGGGCCCCUCUCGCGGGGCGAGUCGGCGCUCUUCAACGGGUUGCUGCUUGCGCUGUGGCUCACCUAUGCGCGGACCUGCACCGUCGACGCCGGCCGCUACACGUUUCCUCCUCCUUCUCCCACCUCCCCCGAAAACGAGUCCCGCGCCGCCGCCGCUGUCCUCGGAGUCAAGGGCCGGUGGUGCAACAAGUGCGCGGCGCCCAAGCCGCCGCGCGCGCACCACUGCCGCCACUGCCGGCGCUGCAUCCCCAAGAUGGACCACCACUGCCCCUGGACGGGCAACUGCGUGUCCAUGACGACGUUUCCGCACUUUCUCCGCUUCCUCGUCUACGCCAACGCCGCGCUGCUCAUGCUCGGCUACCUGCUGCUGCGUCGCUUCGCCCGCCUCUGGGACGACCGCUUCCUGCCGUCGUACCUGGGACCGAGCGUUGGCCAGCUCGUCUCGCUGUCGCUCGUUGCGCUGGUGUACAUGCCCACGUCGCUCGCGCUCCUGGUCAUGCUUGUCACCACGCUCCGCGGCUGGAUCCUCAACCAGACCAUGAUUGAGACGUGGGAGCAGCAGCGACACGAGGCCGUUGCCGCGCGCGGCGGCCGCGACUGGUGGGCCAUUGUCGGCCCCGACGGCGAGGCCAUUCGCUUCGAAAAGAUCGAGUUCCCAUACGAUGUCGGCUUUUUUGCCAACAUGGCGCAAGCCAUGGGCACGCGCCUCUUUUUUCUCUGGCUCUUUCCGCUCGCCGGAAACCCGCGCGUAGCGCCGCCGCCUUUGCCCGGCGACGACCGCAGCAACGCCAGCAGCACAAGCAGCACCACCGCCACGGGCUGGACGUGGGAGGAAAACGGCUUCAACCGGAAGGAGGGCAUGUGGCCGCCGCCAGACCCCGAAAAGAUUCGCCGCGCGGCGCGCCAAAACACCGCGGGCGGCAUGAAGCGCGACUACGCGAGCGAGCUGCGCGCGCUGGAGCAGAGCCCCGAGGAGCGCAAGAGGACGUUUCAGGAGCGGCAGGAGAGGGAUCUGCGGCGCCGGCGCAAGGCGCUCCUCGCCGAGCUGGAGGAAGCGCAGGGUGUUGGCGGCACCGUCCUGGAUCAUGACGACGACGACAACGAAGAGGCGGACGCGCGCUCGGACUAUGAGAGCGACGAGUGGGCCGACGGCGACGGCGAGAAGCUUGCCGACUUUGGCGUCGACGAAGACGAGACCGACUACGACUACACGAUGAAGCAGGUUGACAAUGACGAUGACGUGCCGCUGGGCGAGCUGCUACGGCGGAGACGCGCGCAAAAGGCGGACAAUGGCGAGUAG